AUGGCGUCUAGGAGACUCGCAUUGAACCUCACCCGGGGUUUCCGCAGCCGCGCUGCCACGCCUGCCAUCCGGUCCUUCAAGCGAGGCCUGGCCACGCCGGUGACGCCCCCUACCGGCGCGAAGACCCAGACCACAACACUCAAGAAUGGCUUGACGGUCGCUACCGAGUACUCGCCCUGGGCGCAGACUUCGACUGUUGGAGUUUGGAUCGACGCUGGUUCGAGAGCCGAGACGGACGAGACCAAUGGAACUGCGCACUUCCUAGAACAUCUCGCCUUCAAGGGCACCCAGAAGCGGACCCAGCAACAAUUGGAGCUCGAGAUCGAGAACAUGGGCGGGCACCUGAACGCCUACACCUCGCGCGAAAACACCGUUUACUUCUCAAGAGCAUUCAACUCCGACGUACCUCAGUCCGUUGACAUCCUCGCCGAUAUCCUACAAAACUCCAAGCUCGAGCCUUCCGCGAUCGAACGAGAACGCGAUGUCAUCCUCCGAGAAUCCGAAGAGGUUGAGAAGCAGAUGGACGAGGUUGUUUUCGACCACCUCCAUGCCACUGCUUACCAGAACCAGCCCCUGGGCCGAACAAUCCUAGGCCCCCGAGAGAACAUUCGUGACAUCACCCGAACUGAGCUGUCAGGCUACAUCAAGAACAACUACACAGCCGACCGCAUGGUUCUUGUCGGAGCUGGCGGUGUUCCCCACGAGAAGCUCGUUGAGCUCGCCGAAAAGAACUUCUCUGGUCUCCCUACCUCGUCCCCCCACAACGAAGCCUACCUGUUGUCGAAGAAGAAGCCCACCUUCAUCGGCUCUGAAGUACGAAUCCGUGACGACACUAUCGGCUCCGCUCACAUUGCUCUUGCCGUCGAAGGCGUAAGCUGGAACGACGACGACUACUUCACUGCUCUGGUCACCCAAGCUAUCGUUGGCAACUUUGACAAGGCCAUGGGUAGCGCACCUCACCAAGGUAGCAAGCUCGCGUCGUUUGUUCACCAACACAACCUUGCCAACAGCUUCAUGAGCUUUUCCACCAGCUACAGCGACACUGGACUAUGGGGUAUCUACAUGGUUUCUGACCAGCUUAGCCGUCUGGACGAUCUUGUCCACUUCGCACAACGGGAGUGGACCCGACUAUGCACGAACGUCACCGAGGCCGAAGUCGAGCGGGCAAAGGCACAGCUGAAGGCUUCCAUCCUCCUGUCUCUUGACAGCACAUCUGCCGUCGCUGAGGAUAUUGGCCGUCAAAUCGUCACCACUGGCCGCCGGAUGAACCCAGGCGAGAUCGAGCGGACCAUCGACCAAGUCACCGAGAAGCACGUAAUGGACUUUGCCAACCGAAAACUGUGGGACCAGGAUGUGGCUAUCAGUGCUGUCGGCAGCAUCGAAGGUUUACUCGAUUACCAGAGAAUUAGAAACGACAUGAGCCGAAUCUUUUCGUAA